GUCAAGCGAAAUCAACGUGCGAGUUUAGUUUGCAAGCCAUAAGCAUAAGGCAUCAAAGGAACUCAACACAACAAAUCAGAAACUGAAAAUUACAUAUAACAUAUAAAUAUUUGGAUAUAUAUAGAAAAUGCGACAGUUACAUGGAAUGCUACUGUUGGCCCUGCUGCUGCUGGGCGUCUCCUGGAGCCAUGCGGAUCUGCUCGACUGUGACGAGAAAUUGCCCUCGAUGAUCACCGAGAUGGGCGACAAAAUAUCGGAGGCGACUGGCAGUAGCAGCAGUUCGGAGCAUGAAGUGCGUGAUUUCUUCAAGAGCGUCGGCUGCCAGAUCAAGAAUGGCGCCAAGAAGCUAGGCGAAAAGGCCAAGGAUCUGGGCAGCGAUAUCAAGGAGGGCGCCAAGAAGCUGGGCGAGAGGGCCAAGGAUCUGGGCAGCGAUAUUCGCGAGAGAUUCGAUGAUUUUCGCGACAAACUCGCCAAGGAUUCAGCCGAGGAGAUGAGCAAGGAUCGCGGAUUUCUCGCCAACGUCGAGAUUAUCAAUCCAGAUCUGCUCAAGGGUGAGCAACAGUGCGGACACGGCCACAUCCUCGAUGCCUUGGGCAACUGCAGCCGGUUGAGGAAGUGAUGAUGAUGCAGCUCGACUCAAGCUUCAAACGAAUUCCAUUAUUAUAAUUUUUUUUUUUUUUAUCUAUUUGCAGUUAUAUAAGUUAUAAGUUUAUAAGUUAUAUUAAAUAUACAUUUUUUUUUCGAUAACCUGUUACCAAUAAA